AUGUUAAAUAAUAUUUUGUUGUAAAGUAGAAGAAAAGAAGAAAGUCAAGCACAAAGAAAUUCUGAGUCUUCUGUUCAAGAGAAUUCAACAAUGCAGACAACUAAUUUAUAAUAAACCUCUAAUCUUAAUUUAACUACAUAAGAGGCUGUCUCUCGUAAUACUUUUGCUUAGUUAGAUUAAAUUUACUAGCCCUUGUUACAAUCUAAUUUAUAAUUAUCUAGUCUAAAUGAUAUACAAAAACAGAGAUUUCUUAUUUAAAUUACAGGAAUAUGGGUGUUUUAGGAAGCUAUACAAAUAAUUAUGUCGGUCAUUACUAUUUUAGAUUUUAACUACGAUAAUUUGUUUUAUAAUUUUGACAAGGAAAAAUAUAGAGCAUCAUUAUAUCUCUUUUUCUUAAUAUCUGCUUUACAAUUAUUGCUAAUCAGAUUCUAUAAACCAUUUAGAUGUGUACAUAUAUAAUAUUAUUACUAAGAAACAUAAUGCAUUUUUUAUAUUCUUGAUUUUCACAAUCUCUUAUGCUUUAUGGAUUAGUGGUCUCAUAACUGCAGAACAUUCAGAUAUAUGGAAUAUAGAAAGCUCUGUAUAAAUUGGUUUUGCCAUUUUUAUUGGUAUUAUAUGCAAUUUUCUCACCUUGAUCACUAUACAAUUUCAUUUUUCUUUGACCAAAUAAUAGAUAUCAUUUUUUAGUAAAAAAAUAACUUAAUAUUUAUAGGAACAAUCAAGUAUGUUUUUAUUCCUCCUUUUAUUUAUGCCUUUAUAUUUUAAAUAUUCAAUCCUUUUGAUUAUACAGCAGUACUCAUUUUAUGGAUGUCGACUGAAUUAUGGGCAUUUACUUUUGGAGGCUUAUAUCUAUAUAGUGUAAUAUAAAUAAUAAAUGGUAAAGUAAAGAUAGAUAAAUUAAUUUUAGUUUAAUCUCAAUCAAGAUUAAACAAUCUCUGCAGCACUUUUAGCAUUUAUUAACAUGUUUUUUCCAUUUGGACAUUUUUGA